AUGUCAUCAUCAGACCUAGGCCCUAAGCCGAAAAUAAUCACCGGGGGCUGCCUCUGCGGCGCCCUCCGCUACACAAUCACCUUCCCCGAGUCCCACGACUUCGCCUCCGACGCGUUGACCUGCCAGUGCACGCAGUGCCGCAAGCAGUCGGGCGCCCUCUUCGUCGCCUUCCACCGCGCGCCGUGGCCCUUCCGGUGGUCCACAGCCGCUGGCACCCGUACCCUGAAGGAGUUUAGCAUAACGCCCGUCGCGAAGCGGGGAUUCUGCACCGAGUGCAGCUCGUGGCUGUACUACCGCGCCGAGGAGGAGCCCUGGGCGAGUCUGUGCGUCGGGACGGUCGACCAGGAGGUCCUCAUCGGGUCGUCGGGCGGCGGCAACAACGAAGGAGGAGGGUUCGGGCGGGCGUUGGUGAACGGGCUCGGCGGGCAUGAGUGGUGCGAGAACGAGAUCCUCGGGGUGACGGAUGAUAUUCCCUUGUUGAGGAAGGGGUUAAGGAAUCAGACGAGCGGAGGGGAGAGCACGAUUGCCAAGGCCAAGCUGUAA